AUGUCCAAUACUCAAAAUACUUCCUCCAAGUCAGACGCUGUCUCGUCAGACAUUGACUACGACCGCCAUAGACUGGACAACGGACAAAUUCAAGACGCCGGUGCAACACCAGCGUCUAAUGAGGCGCCGAUCCCGACCACAGACGAUACGACUCGAGGCCUCGAGGCGGGCACAAAACAACUGGACGAAUUGGUGGCGACGUUUGCGAACAACAUAGACGAUCUAGCUAAGCAAGCGGUUAAGCUCCAAGACGAAGUCAAUAAGACACUCACCGAGAUUGGAGAAACGAAGGUAUAA